AGACCAUACAUUUGGUGUAAACGAUCACUACGUGUUUUGGAUGGUAGAGAUGCUUAGGAAAACGUAAAGUUGGCGAACCGGUUGCAGUUCUACCCAACCCGCCAGUAUCCCAUCAUACCACAGGUUUGGCUUUGACCUCACCGAUUUCCGAGUCGGUAGAGGAGGAGGUGGUGGUGUGUGUGCUCGCUGCCCGUUGCGUGGUGGAUGAUGGCCGCUUCAAAGCCUGUAGAGCCGCAGUCCGGCAGUGGUCUCCCCCGCUGGCAGCUGGCACUUUUAGUGGGUACACCAAUAGUUCUUGGAGUAGGUGCUGUCUACCUCUGGAACCGUAGUCGCACGAAGGAGAAGGACGGCAAAGAAGAGGAUGAGGAGAGGAAAGCCCCAGAAGGCAGCGCUAGCCCGGUUCAGGGCCAACGCAGCGCGCCCAAUCCAGAACAGGAGAACAUGAGCCCCCUGGACCGGGCCCAGGCUGCCAAGAACAAGGGCAACAAAUAUUUCAAGGCUGGGAAGUAUGAGCAGGCCAUCCAGUGCUACACUGAGGCCAUCAACCUGUGCCCCAAAGAGCAGAAGAGCGACCUGUCCACCUUCUACCAGAACAGAGCUGCCGCCUAUGAGCAGCAGAGUAAAUGGACAGAAGUUGUCCUGGACUGCUCUCAGGCUGUUGAGCUCAAUCCCAGAUAUGUGAAGGCCCUUUUCAGACGUGCCAAAGCCCUGGAGAGACUGGACAACAAGAAGGAGUGCCUGGAAGAUGUUACUGCUGUGUGUAUCCUUGAGGCCUUCCAGAACCAGCAGAGCAUGCUGUUAGCAGACAAGGUGCUAAAGCACCUGGGAAAAGAGAAGGCCAAAGACAAGUACAAGAACCGGGAACCUCUGAUGCCCUCUCCUCAGUUCAUCAAGUCCUACUUCAGCUCGUUCACGGAUGACAUCAUCUCCCAGCCCCUGCAGAAGGGCGAGAAGAAGGAUGAAGACAAGGACAAAGAGGGCGAGGCCGCCGAGGUCUCCGAGAGCUCUGGCUACCUGAAGGCCAAGCAGUACAUGGAGGAGGAGAACUACGAUAAGAUCAUCAGCGAGUGCACCAAAGAGGUGGAGUCCGGAGGCCGCUACACCGCAGAGGCCCUGCUGCUCCGCGCCACCUUCUACCUGCUCAUCGGCAACGCCACGGCCGCCCAGCCCGACCUCGACAAGGUCAUCAACAUGCAGGACGCCAACGUCAAGCUGCGGGCUAACGCCCUGAUCAAGCGUGGCAGCAUGUACAUGCAGCAGCAGCAGCCCCAGCUCUCUACGCAGGACUUCAAUCUGGCUGCAGACAUCGACCAGCACAACGCAGAUGUGUACCACCACCGGGGACAGUUGAAGAUCCUGCUGGACCAGGUGGAGGACGCCGUGGGGGACUUUGACGAGUGCAUCAAGCUCCGGCCGGACUCAGCCCUAGCCCAGGCCCAGAAGUGCUUCGCUCUGUACAGACAAGCCUACACUGGAAACAACCCUGCCCAGGUACAGACUGCCAUGGACGGCUUCGAGGACGUCAUUCGGCGGUUCCCCAAGUGUGCAGAAGGUUACGCUCUGUAUGCUCAGGCCUUGACUGAUCAGCAACAGUUUGGCAAGGCCGAUGAAAUGUACGACAAGUGCAUCGACCUGGAGCCGGACAACGCCACCACAUACGUUCACAAAGGGCUGCUGCAGCUGCAGUGGAAGCAGGAUGUGGACAUGGGCCUAGAGCUCAUCAGUAAGGCCAUAGAGAUCGACAACAAAUGUGACUUUGCUUACGAAACCAUGGGAACCAUUGAAGUCCAAAGAGGCAAUCUAGACAAAGCCAUCGACAUGUUCAACAAGGCCAUCAACCUGGCCAAGUCCGAGAUGGAGAUGGCCCACCUGUACUCGCUCUGUGAUGCUGCUUACGCCCAAACUGAGGUGGCCAGGAAGUAUGGCCUGAAGCCCCCCACGCUGUAAUGCCCAUCUCUCUCCUCCGCGCUUCCUCCCUUAAUAAUAUGUGACAUGACAUACAUUAGCUCACUUAAUUCACUGCAUUUAAGUUUUCAGACAAUGCUGGGCCAUGCUACGCUACUUUUAAUUGGAUACAUCUCUGACUGAUAAUGUCCAACAUAUUGUUGGAGAAUUUUUUUGUUGUUAUGUUGUUUUUCUUUUUUUUUCUGUAGACACUAAAAUCGUUACAAUCGGUGUCCAUUGUGUGUUAUCAGAAGAACUGCGUAGCAUUGCAAUGGACUGUUCAUUUGUUACCAUAAUGUUAGUCUUGUUAAAGUGUGCGUUCUGUCCAAACUUCUUCAUAUCCUAAGAGUCGAUAUGCAUCAUCACUGUAUGGGAAAUGCAGGUUUAAAACUUUAGUCAAGACAUAUUAAUGUAAUCAAGUCAGUUGUCAGCGUGUUUGGUGUAAUGCUGGAAUAGGUAAUGUAUUGGGUAAUGGGACUUAAAGUGAAAUUAAGAGACUUGGACUUUUUUUGUUUUGUUUUGUUUUUUUGGUUGGAGGGAUUGUUUGUUUUGUUGUUUUUUCUUUUUUUUAGAUUGUCUUGCUUUUUCUUUCUUUUUAUAUUCUGUACAGCAUGUGUGAGAAUUCUCUUUAUAAAUAAAUGUUAAGAUUAUUCCGCUGUAAUCCUAUUCUAAUCCCAUUCAACCUUUGAAUGGUUGUAUGUGCAAGAUGAGACAAAAAAGAAAAACUGUGUCUUGAUGACUGAUGUAUUAACAUCUCUUAUUUUUUUAUUUGCAUCCUCUAAACUCAAAAUGUUUUUGUUUUUUUUACUUAAAGCCUCCUUACUUUUUAUGCGUCCCCACUGAAAAAAGUAUCUUAAUUUAUUUUAUGGACGCUUAUAAUGGAUCAUUAACCCUAAACAGGAAUGCUGAUUACUGCACCCAGCACCAAUAAUUAAAAAAGAGAAGAUUGUUUGAAGAAGUGUAAUGUAUGCCUAACUUGUGUGAGCGUAUACCACAUCUAUCGCAGUCCAAUGCUGCAAUCUUAAUCCAAUCACCUGUCCUCUUGUGUUUUCACCGUUGUCAUGGCAAUCAGCAUCAACAAGCUUUCACUACAUCUACGUUCUAUUUACAUUUUACUCCUCAUGAGUGCUCAUUUUGGGAAACUACCUCUUGAGAAAUACAGCUUACUGCUAAUGUGCACCAUUCUCUCAAUUUGGGCCUAGUCAGUUACGUAGUGGCAUCAUCUCUUUGGCUUUACACUUGAGUACACUGUGGCAUCCUCCAUGGUCAAUACACUUGAACACAAAAGCCUUAUGUGAAAUUAGGAUGCAAAGUGUAAAUGCUCUGGGCUUCUUCUUCUUUCCUCUGAAGGGACCAGUGGUGGUUUUUGAAAGUGCCAGGAGGAGCACUUCUACUCUCACGAAGGGAUUUGGUUCAAAUGACAUGUAGCCUUUUAAGACUUACGACGAGGGCUUCUUUAAAAAGGCUUAUAUUUACAGCAUGCAUAUAGAAGCUAGGCACCUAUAUACAAUCUGAAGUGGGAUUAAAUACAAUGAAUGUUUUUUUUCUUUCUCAUGCUUGCAUAGUCAUUAACAUUUUCAUAUUUUGCAUUUAGCCAUCAACGUCACUGCCAUUUAUACCUACCCUAGCCUUCACGUGCCGUUUGUCUUUCCUACCACUAGUUUGCCAUUGUCUGUCCUUGUACAUUUCUCAUGGUCUCUUGAAUUACAGUGGCCAGAGUGCUGCUGUCCAUUGCAGUGAAACCCAACGACCAUUUGAGUCCCUCUGAUUUAUUUUGGCCCUUGGUGUGAUGACAGACGUGUGAGGUUUGUUUAUUCAGAUUCAAACAUUUUUGAAUCUGAAUAAAGGAGGAUGUUCCCAUGCAUGUUAAGAGUAUUGUUGUGCUGCCUGUGAUGUAACUGGUCUUGUAUAAACACCCCCCUCUUUCUUGCGGGGGGGUUCUCAACCAGGUUUGAAUCCACAAAGAAGCCAGACAGUCGGGAUCCAUGCAUGCUUUAGAUUCAUCUCUGAAUUAAAUGCAUUUGAUUUCAUGAAACAAAAAUAAGAUGUUUGCUGGCCCCAGCUCUAUAAAUACAUUCUAGCUGCAUACUCGCACAUUUUGUCCUGAGGCCUAUUGGCAAUGAAUAAGCUUGACUCUAAUGAUGGUAAUGUUUAUUGUGUAAUGUUAAUGUCAUUAACUCAAAAUAAAAUAGAUAAGAAUGAUGAGCACUGUUCUGCAAUCAGACAUAUGUAGUAUGUAGGUGUUCAUACAUCUCUAUGAAAUGCAUAUAUUAUCCUUGUUUUCCUUUUAGCAGCUGUCUCAUCUUCUGCAGUAUGCAUGUUGAGCUUUGUUGCUAUGUUGGAUUUUGACUGAAAGAUGUGUAGCCUGUUAAGGCUCAUUUCCCAUAGAUUUACCUUUUCCAGGCUUUCACAUUGUAUUGUAUCUCUAUAUUUAAUUUGUAAAAUAAGAAUUUUUAAGUGAGGACAAUAAAAUGUGUACUAAAGUG